AUGGAGUUACAAGUUGCCCCCAGAGAUGCUGAUAUUCUCUUGAAGGAUAAAAACAUCUUGAACAAUGAGGUGUUGGAAAAAUAUACUUCAGCCGGAAAGAUAGCUCAAUCUUGUUUGACUUAUCUGGUUAAACUGAUCAAUGAGGGCUACCACACUCAAGUGGGUACUGUCUAUUCCAUCAACGAAUUGUGUGCCCUUGGUGACAGCUACUUGAUAAAUACUAUAAAUGGUCUUACGGAGACAAAGAGUGUUAUUAGAGAGAAAGGGAUUGCCCAACCUGUGUGCAUAGAAGCGAACGAUGUUGUCAGUGGAUACUCACCAGAGUUGGAUGAGACCGCUAAUGUUUACUUGCAACCAGGCGAUAUCGCCACUAUAACUCUAGGGUGUCAUCUGGAUGGGUAUACUGCCAAUGUUUCCCAUACCGUUGUGAUUUUCCCUCCAGGACAGAGCCCAACUGGCCCGUUGUUAACUGGAAAGGCCGAUGCUGUUUGUGCCGCCCACAUUGCCACAGAAACUAUUACUACUCUAUUAGCAGCAACCACCACACCAGAAAAGAUUCCAGCUGCCUUUGGCAACAAGAUUAUCGGAUCCACCAUAAGAUCGGUAGUGGAUAGCAUUGCCCAAUCAUUCAACUGUAGAGUUUUGCCAGGUUCAAGAGUUCGUCGUGUUAGAAGAUUCUUGGCUGGACAAGCCGAGGGAUUAGUUGCUGAAAAAGAAUACAAAGGUGUCGUCUGGUCGGAAUCUGAUCAGGAAAAGGCUUUUUUAGAAAGUGUCAACUCAUCCCAAGAUCUCACGGUUGUUCACAAACUGUCUCCUUUGGUGAGAAACCUGUCUACCGUUCCUACAGACGAGUUUCAGGUACUUCCUGGUGAAGCAUAUAUUGUUGAUAUUAGAAUGGCCAGUCUGGAAGGGAUCAAUGAGGUUGGAUAUGUCACUCUUCAAAGUGUUGAUCAGAUCGUUGGUAAGAACAAAGAAAAAUCGUCCAUCACUUCCAAGCCUUCAAUAUUCUUAAGAGAUGUGAUAAUGGUUCGUCAUUUGAAGCUAAAAGCUUCAAGAACCCUUCUAGAUACCAUUGAUAAGAAACUAUCAGUUUUCCCCUUCAAAUUGGCCCACACAGCUUCUUCUUAUCCUAUAAACAUUUCCAACGACGGGACUGCAGAACCAGUUGAGACACAACUAUCAAACAUCCUCAACGAGAUGAAACGCGGUAGAUUGGGAAUGUCCGAGAUCACCAACAGACGUUUAUGUGUUACAAAACCUAUUCAAACCGCUCGAUUCAUCCCAUUGAAGGUUGUAUUGGAAGCUUCUAAUGCCACAGGAUUGGAUGGUUACGACGCAGCCAACCCAACUUUGCCAGGCUUAGAAACACCCCUACCAAGGCUGGGAAUUUCCAGCUUGAAACUUAAGUCACUUUUGAAAAAGUCUAUUCCAAUUGACGUUGCCAGAGAAUGCUCUACAAUCCUUCUACCUGAACAACAACCACCAAUCAGGCUGACAGGAGGUAGCACCUCCAGGCCCAGUUACGUCCAUUCAAACUACGAAUUAGAUGGUCCUUACAAACAGGCGAUCUACGAACUUGUCAAACUGACCGAAGACUCCAAGUUCGGACUCAAUAUCCAAGAGUGUCCUCCAUUCUAG